ACGCUGGGUGGUGGCUGCCGGCAGCGCUGCGGCGUUCGGCCGUUGAAACCGACGUGCGGGGAUGAUUCGGGGUUGAACUCGGUGCGCCUGGAAAGGGCUGCUUUCCCGCAGCCGGUGCGAUGAGAUGAAGGGUGCCAGGCUGCGGGCAGCGAGGAGUUCAACUUCGUGCGCAGAAUAGUUCACGGUGCCGUCAGGGAUGGGGUCCCCGAGGCUCGUGCGCCCGGAUCUUGUUCCUUCUCAACCUUCAAUUCAGUUCCAAGGACGCCAAGGGCUUAUUAAAAUUCCCAAAGUUGAUCACCCAAAUGAAUCGCAUACAUUUAACUUCUACUUGUCAAAUGUUGGCAAAGAUAACCCUCAGGGAAGCUUUGACUGUGUCCAGCAAACUGCCUCAAGUUCUGGAGCCUCACAACUGAGUAGCCUGGGACUUAUACAGAAUAAAAUUACAGUAUGUGCAACAAAUGAUUCCUAUCAGAUGACCAAAGAGCGCAUGACCCAAGCAGAAGAGGAAUUACGCAAUCGAAGUGCAAAGGUUAUUAAGCCUGGUGGACCAUAUUUAGGAAAAAGAGUACAGAUAAGAAAAGCACCACAAAGCAUUCCAGAUCCUGUGCCUGAAAGGAAGAGGUCAACACCCAUAAACCCAGCAAAUACAAUACGGAGGACUCAUGCAAACAAUGCUGUUUCUCAGCGACCAUACAGAGACAGAGUGAUUCACUUACUGGCAUUGAAGACCUACAAGAAACCAGAGUUACUUGCUCGUUUGCAGAGAGAUGGUGUCAACCUGAAGGACAGGAAUUCCCUUACAGCUAUCCUGCAGCAGGUAGCCAACUUGAAUCCCAAGGAUAAUUCUUAUACUCUGAAGGAUUAUUUAUUUAAAGACAUUCAGAAAGACUGGCCUGGAUACAAUGAAGUUGAUAAACAGACAUUGGAGUUAAUACUUUCUAGAAAACUAAAUUCAUCUCAGAGUACCACCAGCACCAGUCAUUUGGGAUCUCCUGUAACUUCUAGUAAAGAUGCUGCAUCAGCUUCUCCUUCCCAGAAACGGCUCUUGGAUUUCAACUUCAUUGAUCCCCUGAUGAACAAGAAGCCGAGGAUCUCCCACCUCAACAGUCGAAUCCAGCCGUCCUUGAGCGGACCCCCACCUGCCCCCAGCAAGAAGACAACCCUUGCACCCGCCCCACCAUCCAUGCCUGCCGCCCACCCGCCUGCCUCCAAUCCGCCCCAGACUGCCAGCUCAAUCUCCCCCAGCACACCUGAGGGGCGUGGGACGCAAGAUCUGCCUGUAGAUAGCAUCAGCCAAAGCGGCAGUAGCGUCUUCAAGCACCAGCAAGAAAAAUAUACCUCUCGGACUCCUUUGGAAACCCCAGCGCCUGCUGGUAGUAAAUUGGAACAUCCCACACUUGCAGGUGAGGAGGGUGCGGUGUUGUGCAAGAAGUCCAUGAAGAAGGUGAAAAAGUAUAAGGAGAAGGACCAAAUCAAAAAGCAGGACACUACAAGAGAGCAGAAAGAUGAAGGACAACUUGAAAGCAAAACGGACCGUAGAAAAGUGGAGACUGCCAUGAUGAAAAGCCCCUCUGGUUUGGAGUCAGAUGAAGGAGUUGAAAAAACGUGCACUGCCUCCACAGAUUCUCCUUCAUCAACAAAUGAACUACCAGACUACAUCAAAAAAUACAUAGCUAUAGUCUCAUAUGAGCAACGCCAGCGUUAUAAGGAUGACUUCAAUGCAGAGUACGAUGAAUACAGGAGUUUGCAUGCUCGAAUGGAGAGCAUUACCAGAAAAUUCAUGAAGCUUGAUGAACAGCGAAAGCAGCUUUCUCCAGGGUCCAAGGAAUAUCAGAUGCUUCAUGAGGAAGUCCUAGAAGAGUAUCGAAAGAUACAACAGUCUAGUCCCAACUACCGUGAAGAGAAACACAGAUGUGAAUAUCUCCAUAACAAGCUGUCUCACAUUAAGAGACUGAUAGGUGAAUUUGACCAACAGCAAUCAGAGUUACAGCACUAGUCUUAAGCUUGGACCAGCACAUGUGAAUGAAUGGAAACGUAUUUAUUUAAAGUUCCAUAUGAGUUGCUCUAAGAUUCUAAGAUUGAACUUUUGCAUUACAAAAGUUUUUCAGUAUUAGUAUA